CCGCAUAUAUAAACCUUCUUUAGUCUCGAACUCGCCCUUGCAAAACUUUAUCUGCAUUCGAAGGUUGAAGAGGAGUUGAAGAAGUGCUAUUUGUUGUAGCUGAUUACCCGGAUCUCUGAUCAUUCGUUCGCUAUGAUGUCGUAUUCAAGGCGCUCAAGGUCUUACCGCCCUCGAUCUCCAUAUGGGCGGGACAGUAGGUCCGUUUCAAGGUCCUUUUCAAGAUCUAGGUCAAGGUCAAGGAGCCGGUCAAGAAGUCAGGAUUCAACUGAAGUGGAAAAUCCUGGGAACAAUCUCUAUGUGACAGGUUUGUCACCUCGCAUUACAAAGAAAGAGCUUGAAAAGCAUUUUUCGGCUGAAGGAGAGGUGGUUGAUGUUCAUCUUGUGGCUGAUCCAUGGACACGGGAGUCUCGUGGCUUUGGUUUUGUGACCAUGGCCACUCUUAAAGAUGCUGAUCGAUGCAUUAAGUAUUUGAAUCGGUCAGUACUUGAAGGCCGGGUCAUUACAGUGGAGAAGGCGAGGAGGAGAAGAGGUAGAACCCCGACCCCAGGAAAAUAUCUCGGAGUGAGAACUAUCCGUGUGCGCCGCCGAUCACCAAGCUACUCACCUUAUCGUAGGAGCCGUUACAGUUCUCCUCGUUAUUCGUCUGAUAGGGACCGGGAGAGAUCAUACUCUCCUUACUACAGCAGGCGAAGGUCAUACUCUCCCUACAACAGCCGGCGCAGGUCUCCAUCACGAUCUCAAACCCCCUACAGCAGAUCCCCUGUUGGCAGACGGGACCGCCCGUACUCACCUUAUUACUCAAGGUCAUACUACCAGAGACGCAGGUCUUAUUCUCCAGACGACUCUAGGUCAUACUUGCGUGAUCGCUCUGUCUCGCCUUACUACAGAAGGCGUUAUGACCGGUCAGUCUCUAGGAGUGUUUCACCAAAACUGAGGAGCUCAAGGAGAAGCUAUUCUCGUAGUGUGUCACCCAAGCUGAGGAGAAGCUCAAGGAGGAGCUACUCACGCAGUGCAUCGCCAAGGCCAAGGAGCAAUAGAAGAAGCUACUCUCGUAGUGUGUACCCUGCCACUAAGAGCUCAAGGAAGAGCAUCUCCCGUAUUGCGUCACCUAGGAGGAGCUAUUCAAGGAGCCAUCACAGAAGCUGCAGUGUUAGCUCAGAAUCCCGAUCUACAUCAGUAUCGUCAAGGUCAAGGUCUCCAUCACCUUCAUCAUAAGCCAGCUGUUGGUAUAUUUUGAGUCAGUGUUAGAGACGGUAGAGAUAUGCUAGACUGGUUGCAUAUUUUGAGUUUUCUCAACUCUUUGUAGUAAUUAAAUAUUGUGGGUCUGUAGCAAAUUUUCAUUCCGACGGAUACUGGUAAAUUGUGAUGUUGAUGAUUAGAACUUCUGUCCAGGCCUGUGGAAUUUGGUCCCAUUGGUGGGCAACUAGAAUUUUAGACCUGGAUAUAUAUAAAUAUAUGGCUGUUAAUAUA